CAUGUACAACCUGCAGAAGUCAGAUUGCUCAUUUUGGAAAACAUCCUUUUAAAUCCAGCGUAUGACGUUUAUCUUCUGGUAGGAACAUCGGUUCAGUACAGAGUUCAGACAAUCAGGCAAGGGAAGAUCACAGAAUUACGGAUGCCCUCAGAUCAGUAUGAGCUGCAGCUACAGAACAACGUGCCGGGUCCUGAGGGAGAUGCCUCCUGGCCAGUUGCCAAGUUGGACCAGGCAAGCUCAGUUGUAACUGCACUGCGGCAGGGACAAACUAACCUCAUACUGGGGCACAAGAGUAUUCGCAUGCAGGGGGUUUCCAGGCUGCCAAACAGCACUAUCUAUGUUGUGGAUCCCGGGUAUUUAGGAUUUACAAUUCAACCAUGUGACAGAUGGGUCCUAGAAACAGGGAGACUUUAUGAAAUUACAAUUGAAGUGUAUGAUAAAUCAAGCAAUAAGGUGUAUUUAUCUGAUAAUAUCAGAAUUAAUGCAGAGCUGCCCAAAGAAUAUUUUGAAGUGCUGAAGUUGUCUCUGAAUGGAUCAUAUCAUUAUGUGAAAGCAAUAAACGAGGGUCAGACUGUUCUUGAUGCUGCACUGACAUCGGUAGUGGAUCAGGAUGGAGGUGUCCGUACAUUACCAGUUCCAGUGAAAAACCAACAAGAUAUUGAAAUAUAUGCUCCCAUAGUUCUUUCCCCCAGCAUUUUGACGUUUCCUUGGCAGCCCAAAGCAGGAGUCUACCAGUACACCAUACAGGCUCAUGGUGGAAGUGGAAAUUUCAGCUGGACCUAUUCUAACCAGGCAGUUGCUACAGUGAGUGCCAAAGGAGUAAUGACAACUGGAAGUGAUACUGGCAUCAGUGUUAUUCGGGCAACUGAUGUUCAGAAUUCGAUGCAUCACGGAGAAAUGAAGGUGUACGUAACUGAACCUAGUGGGAUGGAGUUCACACCAUGUCAAGUUGAAGCAUAUGUUGGCCAAAUAUUGGAGCUGCCCCUGAAGAUCAGUGGCCUGAUGGAUGUUGAAAAGGGUGAGAUAGUCCCGCUGAGUGACUGCUCACACUUCGAUCUAGCUGUGGAAGUAGAAAACCGUGGUGUGUUCCGGCCUCUUCAAGGAAAGCUUAAGCCAACUGCUGAUUUUUGUAGUGGAGUCAGGGUGAAAGCUGAAGCUCAAGGAUACACAACACUUACUGUCAGCUAUGCCCAUGGUCACGUCCACCUCAGUGCCAGCAUCACCAUUGCUGCUUAUCUACCAUUAAAAGCUGUUGAUCCUCCAACUGUUGCUUUAGUGACUUUGGGUUCCUCUAAAGAUAUGUUAUUUGAAGGAGGACCUAGAGCAUGGGUACAAGAACCUUCAAAGUUCUUCAGGAAUGUCACCGCUGAGGAUGCAGAAAGUGUUGGUCUGUCUUUAUCUGGACCUCCUACAUCUCGAAAUAACAUCCAGCAUUGGGUUAGAGUGUCUUGCAAAAGCCUGGGGGAACAAGUUAUUGUCUUAAAGGUUGGAAACAACCCCACAAUCACCAACCCUUUUCCAGUGGUUGGGUCUUCUGGAGUGAAGUUCAUCUGUGCUGUCCCUUCCCGGCUCACUUUGACUGCUGUUUAUGGAAGUCCUCAGCUUGAUCUCUCCUGCCCCUUGCUGCAACAGAACAAGCAAGUGGUUCCUGUUUCAAAUUAUCGCCAUCCAGUACUGGAUUUGGCUGCAUAUGACCAACAGGGCAGUACGUUUGAUAACUUCAGCUCUCUCAGUGUUACCUGGGAAUCAUCAAAACCAUCCUUAGCUAAUAUUGAGCCUGAUAUGCCGAUGGAGCUGACUCUGAAAGAAGAUGGAAGUGGUCAAAAGAAAAUGCAUGGCUUACAAACUGUUGCAGUUCAUCACGAGUCUGGAACAGCCACCAUCUCUGUAGCUGCAGCAGGAUACCAGCAAGCCCAUCUCCAGGCAGCAAAAGUCAAAACAUCGAAUGAACCUCUUCUGCCAGUGUCUGCCACUAUUGAACUAAUGCUAGUGGAAGAUGUAAAAGUAAGCCCUAGUGAUGUCUCCAUUUACAAUCACCCAGACAUACAGGCAGAACUUUUCAUCAAAGGAGGUUCUGGGUAUUUUUUCAUUAAUACUACUGUUCCAAAUAUUGUAAGAGUGGCUCAUGAGGAAACUCGAGGUAUUGCUUUGGUGCAUCCCCUGCUGCCAGGAUCUGUGACUGUGAUGAUUCACGACUUGUGUUUGGCUUUCCCUGCACCAGCCAAAGCUGAAAUUCAUGUCUCUGAUAUCCAGGAGCUGUAUGUCCGAGUUGUUGACAAGGUGGAGAUUGGGAAAACUGUUAAAGCUUUUGUCAGAGUUCUGGAUGACUCUAAGAAACCUUUUCUGGCAAAAUACUUUGCUGUCAUGGAUCUAAAACUAAGGGCAGCAUCUCAGAUUGUUUCACUUGUCCCACUCAGUGAAGCUCUUGAUGAACACACUGCUGCUUUUCUUGUCCAUGGGAUGGCCAUCGGUCAGACUAGUCUUAUGGCAACUGCUGCUGACAAGAGAGGACAAAGAAUCAACUCUGCUCCACAGCAGAUUGAAGUCUUUCCCCCGUUUAGGCUGCUGCCAAGGAAAGUGACCCUGAUCACUGGGGCCAUGAUUCAGAUCACUUCAGAAGGAGGCCCUCAGCCUCAGUCCAACAUCAUUUUCUCCAUCAGCAAUGAGAAGAUUGCAUCAGUGAACAGCAUAGGACUUGUCAGAGGAGUGGCGGUCGGGAAUGGGACAGUGACAGGCGUGGUGCAAGCUGUUGAUGCAGAGACAGGGAAGCUUGUUGUGGUAUCUCAGGACAAAGUGGAAGUUGAAGUAGUGCAGCUCACAGGUGUUAGAAUUCAUGCACCAAUAACACGAAUGAAAACGGCAACACAG